AUGAGCGCCACAACUACCAUAGCUCUUACCGCCCGGACGUCGCCGUCCAAAGGCACCAGAGCCUCAAAGAAGAAAUCUCUCUCCAAGCAAUACGGAGGUAUCCAUGCUGGGAGCUGGGUGGACGUCCUGCCCAAGUCAUGGAUCCCCUACGUCCAACUCUCUCGGCUGAGUCCACCAGUUGGCCUUAUCCUCAUAUACUUCCCUCAUCUCUUUGGUGUUGUCCACGCUGCAUCCGUCCAGUCCAGCUCCAUUUCAGAGGUGCUCUACAUCUCCAGUAUCCUGGCUAUUGGAAGCUUUUUCUGCAACAAUGGCAGUCAUGCGUGGAAUGACUUGGUAGAUGCGCCCAUCGAUGCAAAGAUCGAGAGGACCAAGAUGCGACCUAUUCCCCGAGGUGCCAUCAGCCGUCAAGCAGCCUUUGCCUUCUCUGUCUCUCAGGCCAUCCUCGCUGCCGCGUGCCUGCUACCACUGGGUUUUGAGACGGCACUUGCUACAAUUCCAACCAUCCUCGCUACUUUAUACUAUCCAUUUGCCAAGCGACAUACAUAUUUUGCGCAAGUCGUGUUGGGCUUCUGCCUGACAUGGGGUGUGAUGGUAGGCAGUUCAUCCAUGGGAGUUGAAGCACCUUGGAAACAAGAGUCGGCCGUGUCGCUGUUGUUGGCAUCAAACUUGUGGGUUAUUCUGUUCGACACAGUCUACGCCCACCAGGACCUCGAAGACGACCUUAAAGUCGGGGUCAAGAGCCUUGCCGUUCUUUUCAAUGGCCGUGCCCGACCUCUGCUUUGGACUCUGUUCCUGGGAAUGUGCACCUGCCUCUAUUGGUGCGGUGUAACCGGUGGACUGGGAGUUCCAUACUUUGUGAUUACUGUGGGAGGCUGCGCUGUCUCUGUUGGCUCUAUGGUUGCUCUUGUUGAUCUCAAAGACCCUGAAAGCUGCUGGAAGUGGUUCGCCACUGGCUUUUGGUUCACGGCACUGUCUAUUCUGGCUGGUCUAUCUGCAAACUAUGUCUUGCCCUAA